GUCUGCACUCUCUGGUCAUCUCCUGUACUAUGUGUACAGUCUCUGGUCAUCUCAUGCACUAUGUCUGCAGUCUCUGGUCAUCUCCUGUACUAUGUCUGCAGUCCCUGGUCAUCUCAUGUACUAUGUCUGCAGUCUCUGGUCAUCUCCUGUAGUAGGUCUGCAGUCUCCUGUCAUCUUCUGUACUGUGUCCGCAGUCUCUGAUCAUCUCCUGUACUGUGUCUGCCAUCUCUGGUCAUCUUCUGUACUUACAUCCACAGUCUCUGAUCAUCUCCUGUACUAUGUCUGCAGUUUC